AUGGAUCUGCGCUCGCUGGUAAAUUACUACCAGGAGAAGGAUAAGGUGGGCGAGGAGAAGAAGGCGCAGGAGCAGUCAUACCCGUGCGGCCGCUACUGCAACCACCUCUACACGCCCCCUUCCAUUCUCACUGCCGAGCAGCAGCUGCAGCAGCAACAACAGUACUACCAGCAGUACUACGCUUACUACGGCUACGGCCAGCAGCCGCAGGUCUACGCCACCGCCCCCGCGGCGGGAGAUGAUGCCGCGAUUCUGGAUCUGCUGAGCCAUCUUCGACUGAUAAGAAGAGGAAGGCCGAGGAUGCCGGAGAUGCAGAGGUGCAAGAGGCCAAUGAUGAGGUGA